AUGAAGCCUUGCGGUGUUUGCCUUGGUUUAGACCGGCUUUCGGUGGAAGAUGGUCGCUGGCAACGUGGCAUCAAGGCGGACCGCACAGUGGAGUACUCUCUGGACUUUGAGUCCUCACAGCUGAGUACCUCGGUCGAAUCGGGAUGCAGGACGUGUUCCAUCGUUUCGAGUGGUCUUGAGCUGAUUAGUCGCAAUUUGUCGCUUUUUGAUGUUUCGCGAGCGUAUCGGGGUCGACUCAUCUUACAGCCAGAGUUUCCCCUGGAGGUCGAGAUUUUCGACGAUGAGCAUGAAGAAGAGAAGGACUCUCCAUCAAGUGCGCGGGUGAGGAUCCAGUUCUAUACGCUACCAGGAAAUGAUGGUGAGAGCGAAGGCAAGGGCGAGGGCGGAUCCUUCUCCGCCGCUAGGGACAUCCCACCCGAGCUCUCGGUGGAGAGGUCCUCCUCCAUAGUUUCCGGCUGGAUUACAAAUUGUCGUCUCAACCAUCGAGCCUGCGCUGCUUCAAAAUCCGAUGCAAACGAGCUUCCACGACGAUUGCUGGACGUCAAGCAACGGGAAGGCGCAGCCGUGGUCUUGGUCGAGGCUCGGGACAAUACCGACUGUCAUGUUGAGCAAUAUGCAACCUUAAGUCACUGCUGGGGCAAAGCUCAUGUUAUACAAACGACCAAGGAGAAUCUGGCCCUCAGGAUGCAAGGCAUCGAAUGGGACCAUCUGCCAAAGACCUUUCAGGAUGCCAUCGCGAUUGUUCAAGCCAUAGGUGUCCGCUUUCUUUGGAUCGACUCUCUCUGCAUCGUUCAAGAUAAUAUGCUUGACUGGAAGCAAGAAUCAGUUCGUAUGGCCGUCAUCUACUCGAAUAGUUAUAUCAAUAUUGCGGCUACCGGAUCCUCUGAUAGUCGUGGGGGCUGCCUCUAUCCAAGAAGUCUGAAGCACGUCAUUCCCGUUUGCGCUGUCAAGUCGUUUGCUAUCAACACCCAGCAACAUUCUCAAUCCACCUUCAGAGACAUCCCCAAAACGCCAACGAUAUAUGUACGACCUUCUCUCGAGCGUGUUCACAAACGUUACAGUACCCUCAGGAGUCACGAAUCCGACCUCCCAGACUCGCAAACCGUGCCAUUACUCUCCCGAGCCUGGGCCUUCCAAGAACGACAGCUCGCCCCGCGAACCCUCCACUUCCACCCAUCAGAAAUGGUCAUGGAAUGUAAUUCCUCCCUCUGCUGCGAAUGCUCCGGCCUCGAUAAAGUUGUCCCUCAGACCAGAUGCCGUUCUCUGCACCUGCAGUCUUCCGAUCGAUCGGAUAUUUUGACCACCUGGCUCCACGUGGUGGAAGAGUACUCCAAGCUGCGCGUUACUCGGGAAUCCGACAGGUUGCCAGCACUCACAGGCGUCGCUACCAUUUUUCAAAGAAAGCUGGGAUGUGGAUAUCUCGCCGGGAUCUGGCAGGACGACAUUGCUCGAGGUAUUUUAUGGGAUGUAACUAGGUAUGAGUCCGUGCGAUCUAAGAGAAGUAUUCGUCGACAUGAUCCUGCGCCUACGUGGUCUUGGGCCUCACUGAUACUGGGUGUCGAAGGAUCCGGCAUCAUGUUUCCUGCUGGGCACGAUGAUACUUUCCAGGUCGAUGAUCGGUUUCGCUUUCUCGAUACCGAUAUUCCGUUUGCUACCACAGACUUCAGUCUCGUCACGCCAACAUUGGAAUCUAUCUCCCUCAGCGGGGUGUUUGUAGCUGCCACAGCACACCCUUACAGUUUGGAUGAUCUCACGUGGAAAGAUGUAGUCCUAGUCUUCGAACAAGAUAUUGAAGAUAUUGUUUUGAUCACUGUCACAGAGAUAAACAUCGAUUUCACUUGGAAGUCCCCAAAUGCCUGCCCUUUGGAAACUGGCACUACAGUUCACUGCUUACUAGUAGGAAAUAAGAUCAACACAGAUUUGGAAUCUGGUCAGAAAACUCGGUACCAGUGUACUCUCGUGUUGAAGCCUUCUUCUUUGGAUACGCAAUUGUCAGAACGCGUUGGUCUGAUGUCUGUUCCGGAGGAUCUAGGAAUUUUCCAGGCAGUAGCAGAGUCUUCAUUCAAGUUGAUUUAG